GGUAUAUUCUGGUAAGAGACAGAGCGAGGAAGCUGGUGAGAGAGAUGCUGUGUGGGGAGAGGAAGAGAGGGUAUCAUUGUGCCUCCUCCCCCUUCAGAUAAAACACCAGAGAGAAUAUGGAGAGAAAAAGAGAAGCGUGAGAAAGAGAGCGAGAGAGAGAUGUGUAGAGCUAGCUAGUAGCUACAGUAGUGUUCUCAGUAGCAGAGUCUCUAAGGGAGAGACAGUAGUGUUCUCAGUAGCAGAGUCUCUAAGGGAGAGACAGUAGUGUUCUCAGUAGCAGAGUCUCUAAGGGAGAGACAGAGACAGAGCCAGAGGCAGAGACAGCCACUGGGACCUCAGUGAGAUAGCAUGAGGUACUGGGACAGAUUGAUUAACCAAUUUACUAGGAUACGGAAUAACAGACCACGGCAGAGAAUAGAAGGAAGGAGGGAAGAGAGGAAGAGGAGAGGAAAGAGGGAGGUGACAUACAGACAGAGAGAAGAUAGCAACAUUUGACUGGUGUGAAGGAGACUCAUGGGUAACCUCCUGAAAGUGCUGGCUUGCUCCGAUCUAGAGCACGGCCCAAUAGUUUUCCUUGACUUUGAACAUGCUCAGCCUACAGAGGCAGAGACGGCGGUAUGGAACCAGGUCAGUGCUGUGCUGGAGGAGGCCCACGGCAUCCUGGCCGAACUACAGUCUUACAACGGGGCCGGACAGGAGAUACGAGAGGCCAUCCAGAACCCAGGUGAUCUGCAGCUACAGGAGAAGGCCUGGAACGCAGUUUGCCCCCUGGUGGCCAAACUCAAACGCUUCUACGAGUUCUCCCUCCGACUGGAGAAUGCACUGCGUAGCCUGUUGGAGGCGCUGACGAGCCCUCCCUACGCUCCCAUGCAGCACCUGGAGAGAGAACAGGCCCUGGCCAAACAGUUCGCUGAGAUACUCCACUUCACCCUCAGCUUCGACGAACUAAAAAUGACAAACCCAGCCAUUCAGAAUGACUUCAGCUACUACAGGAGGACCAUCAGUAGAAACAGGCUGAACAACCAGCAGUUGGAGGCGGAGAACGAGGUGAACAAUGAGAUGGCCAAUCGGAUGUCUCUGUUCUACGCCGAGGCCACGCCCAUGCUGAAGACCCUGAGUAACGCCACCACCAAGUUCGUAUCAGAGAAUAAGACCUUACCCAUUGAAGACACCACAGACUGCCUGAGCACCAUGGCCUGUGUGUGUCGCGUCAUGCUGGAGACCCCUGAGUACCGUUGUAGGUUCACCAACACAGACACCAUGUUGUUCUGUAUGAGGGUGAUGGUGGGAGUGAUCAUCCUGUACGACCACGUCCACCCUGUAGGAGCUUUCGCCAAGACCUCUAAAAUAGACAUGAAGGGCUGCAUCAAGGUGCUGAAAGAGCAGCCGUCCAACAGCGUGGAGGGACUACUGAACGCACUGAGGUAUACGACCCGACAUCUAAACGACGACAGCACCUCCAAACAAAUCAGGGCUCUUCUCCAAUGAGAGUGAGAGGAGCAGAGAGAGGGAAGGAAGGAAGAUGAGAGAGCGAACACGGAGGGAGAUGAAGAAGAACGAGGAAGAACAAACUGUGGUGUGCAAAAUGUUCUGGUCUGAUAAGAAGAGCUGAUGAAAAGAACAAGUCUAUGUAUUGUUCAUCAUUCUGUCUCCCAUUUUGUAAAAAAAGAAAAUGAAGGAAGAGAAACUAUAGAGAUAUAUAUUAAAGAGAAAAAUAGCAAAACAAAAAAAACUAAACAAGUGUUACAAGAUGGAAAUAAGACUAAAGAAGAAGAACAACAAGGAAAAAGCUAUAUUAAUAAGACUAAAGAAGAAGAACAACAAGGAAAAAGCUAUAUUAAUAAGACUAAAGAAGAA